AGCCUUGACCUCUCUAAGCGUGGGGAGCUGCGCGACAAUGCUGCAGCUAGUCCGGGCCGGGGCGCGGGCCUGGUUUCGGCCCAAGGGCUGCCGGGGCCUGAAGGCGCUGGCGGAAGAGGCAGUGCAGCCGGCGGAGAAACCAGAACCGGUGGCGAGCGCGGGUCCCCGGGUGCCCGUGCUGCGCAGGUGCGAGCUCCAGGUACUCGCGCACCGGCGUCCCGUGCAGGCCUGGGUUGAGUCCCUGCGGGGCUACGAGCAGGAGCGCUUGGGUCUGACCGAGCUGCACCCAGACGUUUUCUCCGCGACGCCCAGGCUGGAUAUCCUGCACCAGGUUGCCAUCUGGCAGAAGAACUUCAAGAGAAUUAGCUAUGCCAAGACCAAGACCAGGGCCGAGGUGCGGGGCGGUGGCCGGAAACCCUGGCCACAGAAAGGCAGUGGGCGUGCCAGGCAUGGCAGCAUCCGCUCCCCAAUCUGGCGAGGAGGAGGCAUUGCCCAUGGCCCCCGAGGCCCCACGAGCUACUACUACAUGUUGCCCAUGAAAGUGCGGGUUCAGGGCCUCAAGGUAGCGCUGACCGUCAAGCUGGCCCAGGAUGACCUGCACAUCGUGGACUCCCUGGAGCUGCCGACCGCAGACCCCCAGUACCUGAUGGAGUUGGCCCGCUACCGCCGCUGGGGCGACUCCGUCCUCCUUGUGGAUUUAGAACACGAGGACAUGCCCCAGAACAUUGUGGCAGCUGCCUCUGGGUUGAAGACCUUCAACCUAGUCCCUGCUAUUGGCCUGAACGUGCACAGCAUGCUCAAGCACCAGAGCCUGGUCCUGACCCUGCCGACCGUCGCCUUGCUGGAGGAGAAGCUGCUCUGGCACGACUCGCGCUACCCGCCCCUCUACCCCUUCCGCCUGCCCUACCGCGACUUCCCCUGA